UCCAGUCUUGCGGAGGCGAAAGAAAACUUCUGAUUCCCAUCGGUGGUUUUUAGCAAGCGCCUCCUCUCAUCAAAACGUCGAAUCAAACCCCAACUUUCACAUCGCAUUCAGACGAAUCCCAGUUUAAGAAUCUACCGGUUCUAUGGCGGAAACCAAAUCAAAUUCAUCGUACUACUCCUCAGACGAGGAUGUAAAAGCACCAAAUAUAUUUGAAAGAGCAAAGGAAGAGAUUGAAGCUGUGAUUCAUACCGCGAUUCAUAAGGAAACUAAUGGAAAGCAUAAAGAUAUUGAUGAAAACACCCCACUGGAUGAUGUGAAAGCCCCCAAUGUGUUUGAAAGAGUAAAGGAGGAAAUUGAGGCUCUCGUUGAAACAAUCCAUCAAAAGAAAGAGUCCCACGCUCAUGAUCAUGAAAGGGACUAUUCUGACAAGGAACAAACGAAACAUGACCAACCAGAAAAUGGUAAUGAGAAAUCAUCAAACCAUCACCAUAAAGAAACUCAUGGGAGAAACGACGACAUAGAUGAAACCACCCCACUAAAUGAAGUAAAAGCCCCCAACGUGUUUGAACGAGCUAAAGAAGAAAUCGAAGCCAUCAUCGGAACUAUCCAGCCGAAUAUUGUCGGAUCGAACGAUUCCGAUCCCUCGUCGAGGGACGAAGGAGGGUUCAGACAUUGUCUUGGAGCGGGGCUGGAAAAUGUAUGCCAUCCUUUUGGUAACAAGAAAGAUUAAGGCAAAAAGUGUUGCAUGUUCUGGUUCUUGUCAUGUUUGUUUCCUGGAAAUGGUAUUGAAACGUUAUGA